AUGGCUGUACCUCUGUCUUCGGUCGACGAGGCACUUUUGCCUGGCCACAUGUGUUACCUGCUCGAGUAUGAACCACCAAGCAAAGAGGCUGACUCGCCAUCAAGGGACAAACGCAUCGCCAAUCUUGCCACUUUUCGCGACCAGGCUCACUCGCCCCUGAUCCAAUACGAGUAUGUGGCCGUUGAUGUCAAGGGACACGGCCAAGACAAUGGCACCCACAUCGACGAGGCCAGAGUCUCACAUAUUGUCCUUGCCUAUAUGCCGUCGAGCGUCCCUCCUGCAGCGGACCUCACCCUCACGAUCCACGGGAAUGGCAGCACCAAAACGACACAUAGCAUUGCGUCUCAUGACUGGCGCCGGUUGCAGGAGGUAGACCUUGACGAUGCUGUCGCCCAAUACGGUAUCGGAGCAGCCAGUACAAGGCUCAGCGACCGCAUGGACCACAAGACACGAGAGCAAUUUCGAUACGGGGAAAAGGGCAUGACAACCACGACGGACUGUCUGGCACGACAUCUUGGGCAAAACCUCGACUCGUUCGUUGCCAGGGGACGAGCAUGGCACAAACACGGAACGCAAGCCCAAGGCAGGGUACAGCAAACUCUCCAGACACAGCUGCCAUUGUCGCCGAACAGCUGGCGUGCACCAAGUAUAUUUGAUCUCGGUGCGCCUGCGAUCGAGACGGAGAAACGCCCGUCGCCGCACAACAAACCAUGGCAGCAGAUCGUUUCACGAAAGGGCCCCUCCAUGAGGCUCUACCUUGCAAAUGUGCAAGGAGACAUUGAGAGGCGCAUGCUACAGCAGUACAAAAUUCAGUCUUUACUAUAUCCUGAAGCAUGGGCUGGCUCGCAAGAUCAACAAAACUUUGAGCGUCUGAUGAAACGCCGUGAGCUUUUUAGACAGGACCUCGUCGACAUGAAACACUCUCGUAAGUCUGUCAAUGAUUCUUGGACCACUUCGGAAACAACCGCACCAUCAAAAGGCCACAGCAAGGCUACUUCGCCCCCAAUUGGAAAGCAAAACAGGCGUAUCUUGGUCGUUUGGGGUGCCACAAACAAUCGACCAACACUUGACCGACUGGCCCCUGGCUUUCUGCAGCAGUUCCAUGGCUGGGUCGACCUCCAAGAAGUCGCUACACCUCUACUCUUGGCAGCAUCCGGAUGCAGAUUUGGUCAAAACAAGACCACCAUGCCAUUGCUUGAUGCUUUGCGGGUCGUGGGCUUUCGGCCUGGCUAUUCGUUGCAAAGUCGCAGUCGCGCCGUUGACGACGGCGCUUCACGGGACCCAGGUAUGGAUGCCGUGCGUACGCUCGGUGUCCUCGCACGCAUCGUGGCUUACCCAGCUGGCAUUUUCAGUCAGCUGGAGAAGGAGACUCGAGACACACUCAAUCGCCACUACCGCCAACAUGGCUUCUAUUUGUCCGAAAGCGUGUAUCCCUGUGCCAUAUUUUUGUUUACGGGAAUCGCAAACUGCCCAAACGCAGCAAACGCCCAGAGCAUGCUCAAGCUGCUGCGGGACCACGGUCUUGCCGAGCCGGUCAUUUUGGCUGCAGGAGGCGAGCGCCGUCCGACUCGAUUGAAGCAAAAUCAGAUUUGCAUGUACUACGACACGAUGCAACAGAUUAACGCGGCCGUUGCUGCCCUCAACGGUUUCAUGGUCGGCGGUGUCCGACUUCAAGCGACGCUUCUCUGGCACCCAGACCCGGCCUGGCACUGCGCGUAUUCACAGGUGUCGACAACGCAAACAGUGCCGCCCAGAGAUACUACAUUGGAAAUAGAGGCAAGCGAAGAGGCCCAGAAAUGA